CCCUUUCACCUCGCCCACCAACCCCACUCUUUGGCAAUGUAUGGCAAAUGCACUUCAGUACAAAUCUGAUGCAGCUCAACAAAAAGAGCCCUGAACAUUUGGAUAUUUUCUUCAUUGUAUCAUACAGGUUGUGUAAUUUGUUUUGUUAAAUCUAUUGGCACUGCUAGAAUCUCCCUUUUUUCUUUCAGUUUUAUUCCCCUUCCCCCUCUUUCUAAAAACACCAACAAAUACAUCAUCGGAUAACCACAGGUCAUCGAGUUUUUCACGUAUCACCAGGUAAUAAGUAAAAGAUGCUUUCACCUGUGGGUAUCCGACGAUGCAACAAAUACUGCCAAAGGUGACUAAAAUUAAAAAUUAGUUACUCGACUCGAUUUGAUUUUAUGCAUCAACACAACUAAUGGGCAAAGAAAGAUAACUCUGACUGAGGUAGAAGAGAAGAACAGGUGCUUGUCAAAUUUUAGGAGUUUAGUGUGAGGAGGUUAUCAGAUUGUUGUAACAUAGCCAGGGUUGUACCAACAUCUCAUGUUGCGUGCCAUUACAACAUGAUGAAAACACAUGGUGUUUAAGAGCUUUCAGAUUUAUUGGCAAGAUGAGAAGCCAAAAUGUUGUAGAACCUUCAUCAAAUUCUAUGUGCAGCUGCAUAAAAAAGUUUCGCCUUGGUUGAAAUAAAGCAGGAAGAGCGGGGAUAUAAAUUAGAAUGAUUUUUUCAGCUUGAUUUAUUUUUGAAUUAGAUUUGAAAAUUGCUCCGUGGCACUGAAGAUAACAAUAGGUAUUUAUUUGGUAUAAUAUACCAAAUAAAUAACUACUGGUAAAUUAUAUAUAUGUACAUACAUACAUCUCUUUGAUAUUGCGUCGUUCACAAUGGGAACAUGAUUGCUUUUAUGGCCAUUUAUGACGAGAGUGACAGGGAAACAUGACAAGUCGCAACGGAAAUCGAUUGGCCCCUCCACUUUAAAUGCAGUUCGGAUGUUAGGAACAUCCCCCCCAAGAGAUGAGAAUUGUAACUAUCGACUCUGAGCUUGUACGACGGGGAACUGCUGUGAUCUGCGUCUGGUCCCCGAGGUCUUUCAGAAACGGGACAUUAUUGGUGUUACAGUAAAAAGCAAAAAUAUCUGCAUGUAGCAGUUAUGUGAUAUUUUUAUAUAAAGAGACUACAUUCAUCGAUUGCCAGUAUUACCAGCAAUAGAGAAAAAGUUUUUGUUCGUGAUUACCUCUUGAAAAAGAGCACUUAUUAAAAGACUUUACUUACAUCAUAUUUAUAUUGACAUCAUUCGUUAGAUUCAAAGAUGUAUUUCCUCAGUUGAUUCUAAUGGAGAGAUUCAUGAUUCCUUAGAGUAAUAAUGUGGGUAAGGAAUGUUUUUACAAUGAGGUGAUAGUGGAUUGAAGUGGAUUGACACAGGAGGGCUCUUUCAGAAUAGACUUCAUGAUGAAGCAAGAGGUUCUGAUGUUAAUUAUAGACUAAUUGGUGAUGGCAUUCAGCGAUAGCUAUUUUAAGAAUGUGUAAUUAUGUGUAUGAGCUUUUCUCGCCUUGCGUACAUUAUAACCAUUCGCUUCUUUUGAGAAACCUCCCGCCACUGAUUGACUGAUAUUUGGUUACCGAUGGGGAUGUCGAGGAACCGGAAUAAUGCUGCACCUCUGUUGUGUGUUAAUUACAGUGUCGAAUGGAAAUUUUAGUAAUCCAGCGAAGAAGAGGGGAACUAAACAGUAGUUAAAUGACCGACAACAAUUUGGGUUGAUUGAGUCAUCGUAACUUUUUUUUCCUCAUGAAGAUCAAUGGCCAAGAGAGCACUAGACAGAAGGAUGACUACUGGCGGAGUUAGGAAAACAAAAUAAUUUUAACGCCUUUAUUUCGGAUUGGAUAAGGAACACAUUCUUUCAAUUGCAAGAGAACCUUGCGGAGAGCAGGGGAGAUUUUUUUACCCGGUGCAUUAGAUAUGAUUGUUGUGGCAGUAAGGCUACGAUGAAGUGUUAUCAUGAACCUGUGGAAGAAUCAGAAAGAGGUGUUUGUAAAGGGUCUGCACUGAUUACAACAACAAUGGCCUAACUAAUGUCCUGAAAGUGGUGUCGAGACUGUCAGCUAGUACCAUUUUAAAGGCGUAAAAAACUCCUGCAGGCCAAGAGCUCACUGACCAAAAAAAAAAAGAGGAAACUGCUGGAUUAUUUCACUUUAGCUCUAAUUCACAAGGAAGGGGAUUUGUUGUUGUGUGUUUCAGCCUUCAGAAUGGAAUAAAAGUGUGAAAAAGGAAUUCUUUUGGAUUUAUUGUGUAUUUUUCUCCGACAAAAUGUCUAGUCUGUAUGUGCAGUGUUUGAAAUCGAGGGUUGAAAAAGCAUGGAAAGAGGAAAUGGCAAACAAUCAUACGAAAGUGGAUCACCUGCACACAGAGAAGAGGGACCACGUCCCCGUUCAUCAUCACCACAGAAAAAGGGCAUGUCAUCAUGCUGACCAUGUACAGGACCUUGGAAACUUCGCCAUGCCGCUGUUGGAACAGGGCGUCAAUGAUGCCACGAAUUGUAACGACCAUCCAGAGGGUGACUAUCGACCCCGCGCUGGCUCUACUGGAUUCAGGGGGCUGUUCAACAAAAACAAACAACGCAAACAGUCAGGUGAUGACAUGAAACACUCCCCCUCCACAUCCGCCAAAGUGAAAAGUUUCUUUGCAGAAACUUUCCGACCAAGAUCAAAAUCAGACCUUUCCGGGGUGAAAAAGCCCGGUAAACGACAUCACAGUGCCAAAAUGGAUCAGUCUAUGGAUGAGAGUCAUUUACGAGAUUCUAUUUCACCCGGGAAAAUGGAACAGUGUAGUCCGCCCGGGGGAGGGUUACCCCCAGGGGUUCCCAACCCUAAGGGGGAUCACAUGUCCCCGAUGGGUCAAUUGUUGGGAGGUCAGUUGGAUGACCAUAACAAAAACAGGCAUUCCUCAGGGCAGGUCGAGUUCAUGGACAGGUUUAGAACGCGGUCUAAUUCAGAUUCUAGGGCCAAACCUCCAAAAUGGAAACUUACUCAACAGAGAAGCAUAAGUCCUACUCAAGAACGUACCUUAUCUCCUAGAAAGACGUCCAAUGCCAAUGAACCAAAAUCAGCUCCGCCCAACAUGAAAGGUUCAUUCCUUAACCACGAUCACACUCAUGCAAUCAUCUACAAAUCGGACCCCCCAGUGCGGUUUAAUCUGGAAGGGGAUCUACCUGAAAUAUCAAACAUGGAGAUUGAGGAUUUAGAUGAAAACAUUGACCAAGCAUUUGCUAAAUUUAUGCGAGCACAUAAGUGUUAUGACUUAAUUCCAACCAGUGCCAAAUUAGUCAUAUUUGACACACAGUUGAAUGUGAAGAAGGCUUUCUUUGCAUUGGUGUACAAUGGUGUGAGGGCAGCCCCUCUCUGGGACACCUCCAAACAGGACUACGUGGGCAUGCUGACCAUCACCGACUUCAUCAACAUCCUACACAAGUACUACAAGUCCCCCCUCAUCAAGAUGGAGGAGUUGGAGAACCACAAGAUCCAGACGUGGCGCGAGGAGCUGAAGGACAAACAGCGGCCGUUCGUGUGUAUCGAGCCGGACGCUAACCUGUAUCAGGCUAUCAAGACCCUCAUCACCUCCAAGGUCCACCGCCUGCCGGUGGUAGACAGGGUCUCAGGCAACGCCCUCUAUGUCCUCACCCACAAACGAAUCCUCAGGUUCCUUUACAUCUAUAUCAAUGAGUUGCCAAAGCCUGGAUACAUGCGACAGAGUUUGGAGGAGCUGUCCAUAGGCACCUAUGAAAACCUGGUCAAGGCCACUCCUAAGACGCCGAUCAUCAAGGCCCUGAACAUGUUUGUGGAUCACCACAUCUCGGCCCUGCCCAUCUGUGAUGCUGACGGUCGCGUCAUCAACAUCUACGCCAAAUUUGAUGUCAUUAACUUGGCCGCAGAGAAGACAUACAAUGACCUUGACAUUACGAUAGAGCAGGCUUUGCAGCACAAGACCCAGGAGAGCUGGUUUGAGGGGGUGGUGACCUGUAAAAAGAACGAUACUCUGGAAGUGGUGAUAGAAAAGAUUGUCAAAGCGGAGGUCCAUCGUCUGAUUGUGGUUGACGAUGAACUGAGGAUGUUUGGUGUUGUGUCUCUGUCAGACAUCUUGAAUUAUCUAAUAUUAAAACCAUUUGGUGAUUUUGUGUCAAAAAAAUCCUGAUUAAAAUAGAGGACAUUGUUCGAAGGAAGAAAACAAAACAUGUAACCAGCGAUGCCAAUAAGAACUGGAUGAUGGCCAUGCAUGGCUCCCCAAAAUCUCUAUCAAAUAGAGGCCAGUCACUUGGCUUAUAUGAUCCCCUUUAAGGGUUUCCCUUGUUCUGAUGGAGCAGUGAACAGGCAGGGGGUGGGAGGGGUAUCAUCUGGAAACUUUACCAUCUAACAGCUCGGGCCAAGAGAGAACGGCAUCAUUUAUAUAUCAGGCAUUAUAGGAAGCUAAAGGACUGUGCUUUCUGUUCCCAGCGUUACUUGGAUUCUAUAACGAGUCGCUAGACACCAUCACCAAGGAACAGAAAUGUCUGUGAUUUGAUUGGCAGUUGACAUGGCAACUCUUCAUUCAUUUAAAUUUAAAAUGUAUACUCACCAAAAAAAGCGUAUUUUUUUCACAAGAAAAUCAGAUUCAUGUGCAUUCAGGCAUAUGGUUAUUUCUUUAUUGCAUUUAAAAUAUGUUCAAAUUAGAAAAAGGUUUUUUUAUUUCCAGAUUAAGACUGUUUAGUGUAAAACGAGAAAUGUUUAUGUAUAUUGGGCAUUUUAAUAAGUAACUAAGCCUGGUAUGUGCAUCUUCUACCUCUUUAAAUAUAGAGAGAUUUGGAUGAGGAAAAAAUAUGAACGUGUCUGAUUCUUAGAUCAGCAUAUAGUUUGCUUGUACUAUUCAUAUUUUGUUGUUUAUAAUUAUUCCAGUUGACAUCAUCUGUUCAAAGUUUGUUCAUUUGUAAAGCGUUUCAUACCAAGAGAGAAUGUAGCCAUACCAUUGUUUGUUGAUGAAUGUUAUCUUGUUCUUUUUGGCUUACAAACAAGACUGUCAGACAGAUCUUGUUACAGUGUUUUUGAUUGGAUGAAUGUGAUUGUUAGCCUUAUUUUGAUUGAAUGACACAUGAUAAGCAGUCUGAUUGGCUGUUUCACAUGUGACAAGUGCUGUGAUAUAAUUUACAACAGUAGCAUCAUUUAGAUAGUUGUAAACAUUGUAAAGAAAUUAUAUAGCUCAAUUAAUUGAAUUGACCUGCUGAAGACUUGAGAAAAACCUUACACAUCUGAGUACACUGUUUAUAUACAUGUCAAGUGCUUCUUCACCUCAGGUCAUGAUUUUCAUGGUUUUCGGGUUUUAAGGAAAUGGGUAAAUUUCCCAAAUAAGGUUGUGUGAUUGUCCAAAAAAAAAAAAGAUUCACAUUAAAACAAAAUCAAGAUUUCUCAUGUUUAAUUUAUUUUUUAAAAACAAAUAUUGUUUCAAUUAUAUAAACUGUUUGAUAUAGUUUUAACUAAAAAAUUUCGUUUAAUUGAUUGUAUAAAUACUGCCUUAAAAUUGAACAUAAAAAAGUGGAAUGUUAUUCAAAACUGUACAACUAGCAGCGAUUUAGAAUAAAUAGAUGCAUUUUGUCUGUGCUACUGUCAUAUUAAGAAAUCUUCCCUUACUCAUAAUUUAAUUUUGUUUUUAGUAAAUAUGUGUAUAACAUGAUCUCAGUAUUUUUUCACUUGAUUUGUAAAUUAAAAUACGAGUGUAUAUCAUUAUUUAUGGGAUAUUAAUAUUUUGUUUUGGUAUAAAAUUACCAGUAACUUUUAAAGGGUCAUAGUUGAAACAGUUUAAAUGAGAAAAGAAAAGCUUUCUUGUCGCUUUUGGCCAAGGUUAUACUGAUUUAAAGAAUUUAUUCUUGAAAAGCUUUAUUUAAAACUAUCUUAAAUUAGAUAUUUCAUUUGGGAUGGGGGAAGGUAAAGAUUAAUCAAGGGUGAAACUAU